CUGGCAUCCCGCGGAAAGGAAAGAUAGAUAACACAAAAUACAUACUACUUUUGCCUUGAGAAAAAAUUAAAUAAUUCUAAAGCCAUAUAUAAUUAAAGGCUAUAACUUGUAAUGGAGUCGUGCCAAAGAACAGAGGAGCAAGAUGAUGCACAGGAGAUCGCGGAAGGACGAGUCGUUUGCGGGAACAAACGUAAACGUCGAAAUUCACAAACACCGACAGCGGCAGAAUCACCACCACCGCAAAAGAAGGCAACACCUUAUGAUGAGCACCAAUACGAUGAAAGUAGUGCAACGAAGCAGCUGACGAAUGGAGAUAAUGAUGUUUUGACAGAGGAUAAUUACCUUCUGGAGGAUGAUCAAUUUUCCCUGGAACAUUUUUGCGAUGAAUUGCUUUAUGAAAUAUUUAAAUUCUUGGAUACCUGGUCUUUGAUGACACUGAUGAACGUUAGCAAAAGAUUCCAAAAAUUCGUUCUAGAUAAACGAUUAUGGGAGGAUAUUGACUUAAGCCAAGAACCAUUGCCAAUCGGCAUAUUGGAGGAUAUGCUAGAACGAUCACACGAGAAGACACGUAGUAUUAAACUUAGGGGUCCAUCACCAUCACAACACAUCGAAGGAGAAAUACAACAAUUUAAUAAAACGUUGCGGAAAUCUUUGACGACGAGAUGUACAAAGUUGGUCACUAUGGAAUUAUAUGGCGUAACACUUGAUUUCAAUCAGUUAACAUUUAACGAUUUUCCUAUAACGCUCAAACGUUUAGUGUUGAGCAAUUGUCAUGUUCGCGUUGAUUCCAACAAGUCCAUAUUUACUGGCAUCGAUACGAUUUUAAUAAACCUGGAUGAGUUGGCUAUAGAAAAUAACGGUUGGUUUGAUCCCUACUAUGUAAUGCCAAUUUCUAAACUACCCAGAUUACGUUACUUGAGUUUAAAAGGAUGCAGUCAAAUGCAAGAGUUUAUUCCGUAUGGCAGUAUAGCAGGGCGUCAAGGUUUCAAACAGUUGGAGAUUUUGGAUUUAUGCAAUACACCUCUGUGUGAUUCCGACCUGCAGUGUUUUAAUGCCGUAGAAACUUUAAAAGAAAUUUACCUUCAGUGCCCGGUAUCAAAAAUAGAAAAUAUUACCACAUCAUCUCCCACAAAUGAAACACCGUCAGCAAACUCUACAAAUACAGCCGAGUCCGACGAAAGCGAAAUGCCUUCUACAUCGUCUGCUACGAAGAUAGUACUCAGUAAUGGUACAUCCCUAACUUCAGUGUCAAAGUUAAAUGGCAACUCAGAAAACCAAUCAACAUCAUCGGCACAAAAACUUAGAAGCCUGGCUAGUAAAAGUCCAACGUUAUCGAAAGAAGAGUUGAACAACGGCGAGGAAUCUCCCUCAACAUCUUCGCGAUCGUCUGCGGGAAGUGAUGCAGAAUCUUCGUCACCUUCGCCCUCUGCCUCUGGCAGUGAUAAUCGGUUCUCGUUAAAUCUUCUGCCCGUGGUUGGUAGCAUGUCUCCAGCACGUAGUCGAUUUUUGCCGCGACCAGAUCACAUUAUUUACUUGGAUGUGCGCAAUCGUACUUCUCCAAAUGCAGUACACAUAAGUCUAAGAGAUAGAGAACGCAGUCACUUCAGACAUCUACUGAUGACGGCUCAAGGAGCACAACAACAACAACAGCAGCAACAACAACAACAACAACAAUUACCUCCGCCAGCCUUUGAAGAAAUGAUAAGACAUAAUCUAUUUUGGGAUAUAAUCAAUCCUCUUGGCAGAGCAGCAGGUGGUGGAGGUCCAGACCGACAUUUUGGAGAGGACAAUGGAGUGGAAUAUGGCGGGGGGGCAAAUGUAUAUCACAAUUCACUUACUCUUUUGUCUUCGAGGCGUCAGUUUCAAAGUGGUAGCAUAACAGAUCGUGGUGUAUGUUGUUUCGGGCGGACACGUCAACCAGUUCAACACGGUGUUGUUUGGAUAAGAUUUAAUAAUCGUCCUAGUGAGAAUCGUUUUGAGAGAUUUAGUGUUCGCGACUACAUCUGGGUUACAGAUGUCUCACUGCAACAUUUGGUGCAGUGUUCUCCUAAUCUUAUAUUCCUUGAUGUGAGCGGCACCAGCGUAACUUUGGAAGGCAUACGACGUUUCAAGGAAUUGAAACCGGAAUGUAAACUAGUGGCAGAGCAUUUGGUAGAAGGAGCGUCGAAUCUUGAAAAAUGAAAUGAACCCUAUGUUAUUAAAGCUAUUGCUAAAGGAAUCAUGCAGAGCAACGUGCUUUACAUCAACUAAUUACACAUAAUUACGUAUAUACAUAUAUCUAUCUCAUAAUACAUUAUAACAAUGUAAAGAAUUAUAGUAUAGAACAAAAUAAUGAAUUAUUUUUAGUAAGAGCGAGUAAAGCCCUAGCACAGCCAAAAGCCAACAAAUUCACUGUGAUUGAGGAAACAGCUGAUAUGAUGGUAGUAGAUAAAUUUUGUGUGUGUGAUCUGAUGAAAGUUUCAAAAUGUUGUUUACCGUCUCGUUGCGUCUCUAUGUAUUAAAUAUUAAUCUCAACAAUUAUUUAGUUUUAGUUUACUUCUAUACCUACUUUCAGUUCUAUCGGUAGCAUGUACUAAUCUUUGCUCCUCCUCCUAUACACUUUUAACUAUGUAUUCGCCCAUAAAUACUUUGAAAAGUUUUAAAUGCAAUAACAUUGUACAAUUAUAAAGGCGGUUAAAAUUAAUAAAAUAAUUUUUAUUG